UGAUCCUGCCACUGAACGUGAGAGGAGUUAAGUCGACAGUAAAGAGGAUUAGGAAACAGCCGUCGUCUUUGUCUUGAAAAUGAUCUUCAAAGUCAUUUUUCUUGUUGCCAAUCAUGCCUGUGUUCCUCAUCUCCAGGUGUUUGAGCAGUUUGUCAAAGUGAGGAUGAAGGAAGAACACAAGGAGAAACAGAGAAAACUGCUGCAAGCAAAAGACCAGUAUAGAAAACUUCUAGAGGAGUCGAAAAUCACAUCCAGGUCAACUUUCAAAGACUUUUCUGUUAAGUACGGCCGUGACCAGCGCUUCAAGCAAGUGCUGAAGAAGAAAGACCAAGAGCACUUCUUCAACCAAUUCAUCAAUGGGUUAAAGAAGAGAGAUAAAGAGAACCGCAUGAGGCUGAGGAAGAUGAGAUGAAGCAUGAGGCUGAGGGAGAUGAGGAAGAUGAGUUGAGGAGGUAUGAGGCUGAGGAAGAUGAGAUGAAGCAUGAGGCUGAGGAAGAUGAGAUGAGGAGGUAUGAGGCUGAGGAAGAUGAGUUGAAGGGGUAUGAGGCUGAGGAAGAUGAAAUGAGGAGGAACAGUAUGAGGCUGAGGAACAUGAGAUGAGGAGGUAUGAGGCUGAGGAAGAUGAGAUGAGGAGGUAUGAGGCUGAGGAAGAUGAGAAGAGGAGGUAUGUGGCUGAGGACGAUGAGAAGAGGAUGUAUGUGGCUGAGGACGAUGAGAUGAGGAGGUAUGAGGCUGAGGAAGAUGAGAUGAGGAGGUAUGUGACUGAGGAAGAUGA